AUACUAAGACAGAGACAGAGAAAGGGAAGGAAUAUAAAAAUCAACAGAGUUAGCGUAUUCGAGCUACUUAAACUUAGUGAUGAGUGAUAACUUUUCCCAAAUUUCUUUUUAAAUAUUUUAAUUGAUUCGAAUUAUUCUUUCACAACAACACAAAUCCUAUAGCUACUAACUCAUGAUGUUUGGGUGACUCCAGCUUUAAUUCUUGACAGGGUUGUGACAUUAAUUAAUUUAAGAGUGAAAUUAAAUUAUCUCUAUCUAAAUGGAGGUUGAAAAAGGUGUCUCUAGCAAACACUACUUAACAAGUGAUGAACUUGAUGAUGAUGGAAGAAUCAAGAGAACAGGGAGCGUGUUGACAGCUACCACACACAUAAUAACAGUGGUAGUGGGAGCAGGAGUGUUGGCUCUAGCAUGGGCAAUUGCUCAACUUGGAUGGAUUGCUGGAAUUUCCGUUAUGAUCUCAUUUUCAUGCAUUUCAAUUUACACUUAUAAUCUUAUUGCUGAUUCUUAUAGAUAUCCAGAUCCAGUUUAUGGCAACAGAAACUACACUUAUAUGCAAGCUGUCAAAACAUACUUGGGUGGAACAAUGCACGUAUUUUGUGGAUUGAUCCAGUAUACCAAACUCGCAGGGCUUACAAUGGGAUACACUAUAACUACCUCUACAAGCAUUGUGGCUAUAAAGAAAUUAAUUUGCUUCCAUAAAAAUGGCCAUGAAGCUUAUUGCAAGUUUUCAAAUAAUCCAUAUAUGAUAGGUUUUGGGAUUCUUCAAAUUUUACUGUCUCAAAUUCCAAAUUUCCAUAAGCUAGCAUUGCUUUCAACUGUUGCUGCAAUUACAUCUUUUGGUUAUGCUUUAAUUGGAAGUAGCCUCUCUCUAGCCAUUGUUGUCUCAGGGAAAGGAAAAGCAACAAGUUUGUAUGGAACCAAAGUUGGGCCAGAACUAUCAGCAGAAGACAAAAUUUGGAGGGUUUUCAGUGCUUUGGGAAACAUUGCACUUGCUUGCUCUUAUGCUACUGUUGUCUAUGAUAUAAUGGAUAUACUAAAGUCAUGUCCAGCAGAAAACAAACAGAUGAAAAAGGCAAAUGUGUUGGGGAUCACAGCAAUGACAAUGCUAUUCCUCCUAUGUGGUUCACUUGGCUAUGCUGCAUUUGGUGAUCACACACCAGGAAACAUCCUCACUGGAUUUGGAUUUUAUGAGCCCUUUUGGUUGGUCGCUUUGGGGAAUGUUUGCAUUAUAAUCCACAUGGUGGGAGCAUAUCAGGUGCUAGCUCAACCACUAUUUCGUAUAGUUGAGAUGGGUGCUAACAUAAUGUGGCCACGUUCAAAUUUCAUAAAUAAGGAAUAUCCAAUAAAAAAUGGCUCAAUAACAUUCAGUAUCAAUUUGUUUAGACUAAUUUGGAGGACAAUAUUUGUGAUAGUGGCCACAAUUAUUGCCAUGGCACUGCCAUUUUUCAAUGAGUUUCUUGCCUUACUUGGAGCAUUUGGAUUUUGGCCACUCAUAAUUUUCUUCCCAAUACAAAUACACAUUUCUCAGAAACAGAUAAAGAGAUUAUCAUUGAAGUGGUGUGUGCUCCAACUAUUGAGUUUUGUGUGUUUUCUUAUUUCAGUAGCUGCUGCAGUUGGUUCUAUUCAUGGAAUUAGUAAGCACGUCAACAAAUACAAACUCUUCAUGUAUAAACAAUAGAGUUAAUAUUGUAACUUAAGUCAAAUAAUUUUCUUUUGUUGAUAUCUUGUCCGCCAAGUUAUUGCAAGACUUACAGAGAGGGAACCAAUUUGUAAUAUUUCUUUCUAUUACUACUGUAUUGGGUAUGGAAUCGUCAGUUCUGAUUUUUUUUA